AUGGCUCCCAUGAACCGACCCGCCCCUGUGGAGGUCUCCUACAGGAACAUGAGGUUUCUCAUCACGCACAACCCAACCAGUGCAACCCUAACCCGAUUUAUUGAGGAGCUUAAGAACUACGGCGUCACCACGAUCGUAAGGCUGUGCGAAGCCACUUAUGACCCCGCCCUGGUGGAGAAGGAAGGCAUCCAGGUUCUCGAUUGGCCCUUUGAUGAUGGCUCAUCACCAUCCAACCAGAUUGUGGAGGACUGGCUAACACUUGUAAACACUAAAUUUCGUGAAGAACCUGGUUGUUGUAUUGCUGUUCACUGUGUCGCAGGUCUUGGGAGAACGCCAGUGCUUGUUGCUCUAGCAUUAAUUGAAAGCGGAAUGAAAAAUGAAGAUGCAGUGCAGUUUAUAAGACAAAAGCGGCGAGGAGCUUUCAACAGCAAGCAACUUCUGUAUUUGGAGCAAUAUCGUUCCAAAAUGCGGCUGCACUUCAAAGACUCCAGUGGUCACAGAAACAACUGUUGUGUUCAAUAA